GACAAACGAUUACAGGGGGCGUCAAAUCCCUGCGCUUAUUUCCACAGCCCGCCGACUUUUCCCGCUUUGUGUGCCUCGAUAGCAGUAUUUGUUGUUUCCCCCACAUUUGGGCUGAGAUCCAGGCGUGGGCAGCAGCAUUUAUUCGCAACAACAAGAACAUCAACCCCGGGGAUUUGAUUCGGUCGACGACGGUUAUCUACAGUGGUGUCGCUGGCUCUGGUGCUUCAAUGGCUCCCGAUAGUGCGGACCCCAGACUGACUGGGGCUGUUCGUCCUCCGUUCCAGCAUCUACGGCCUGCUCGAUAUGCGUCUACGCCGUUAUAUGAAAGCCCCGAACGCCAUCAUCGACGGAAUCCCGUUGCCCGGCGUCCUGUAAAGGAAACCCUCAACGCUCGUUCGGAAUAUACGACCAGCCAGGACGACGGUACGGCAGAACACCGGAUCAACCAGUAUGUGAUCAAGCAAGAGAUUGGGCGCGGCUCGUUUGGUGCCGUCCAUCUUGCCACCGACCAGUUUGGGAAUGAAUAUGCUGUGAAAGAGUUCUCCAAAUCGCGGCUAAGGAAACGGGCCCAAUCGCAUCUCCUACGAAGACCUCGAGGGCCAAGGCGCCCUGGCGCGGGCUUCAACUCGCCUCUACACCGGAAUCCGUCCGAAAACGAGGACCAGGCAAAGAACCCGCUGUAUCUAAUCAAAGAGGAGAUUGCCAUCAUGAAGAAGCUGCACCACAACAACCUUGUCUCAUUGAUCGAGGUGCUGGACGACCCGACAGAAGACUCGCUCUACAUGGUCAUGGAGAUGUGUAAGAAAGGGGUGGUGAUGAAGGUCGGACUGGAGGAGCGGGCCGACUCGUACAGCGACGAGGCCUGCCGAUGCUGGUUUCGCGAUCUAAUCCUCGGCAUCGAAUACCUGCAUGCCCAGGGGAUUGUCCAUCGCGACAUCAAGCCGGAUAACUGUCUCGUGACGAACGACGACGUGCUCAAGGUUGUAGACUUUGGCGUGUCCGAGAUGUUCGAGAAGGACUCGAACAUGUACACGGCCAAGUCGGCGGGGUCUCCGGCAUUUCUACCGCCAGAGCUAUGCGUUGCGAAACACGGCGACGUCUCGGGCAAGGCGGCGGAUAUCUGGUCCAUGGGCGUGACGCUAUACUGCCUCCGCUACGGGCGGCUGCCCUUUGAGAAACAGAGCAUCUUCGAACUGUACGAGGCCAUCCGCAACGAUCCUGUUGUCUGCGAGGGCGAGGCCGACGACCGCUUCAAAGACCUCAUCUUUCGCAUCUUGGAAAAGGAUCCUUCGAAACGGAUCACGAUGCCAGAACUUCGGGACCAUCCGUGGGUAACAAAGAACGGCAUCGACCCGUUAUUAACAGAGGAGGAGAACACCUCGGAGAUUGUCGAGCCACCGACGGAAGAGGAGAUGAACUCUGCGAUCACAACCAACAUGAACCAUAUUCUCGCUGUGAUGAAAGCCGUGAGGCGCUUCAAGAGACUCAUCGACCGAAACAAACCGUCGCCGCCGAUGCAAAGCAUCCUCGGACAAGAGUACGAGUCGCACUUUGUCUCCCCCCCCGAAGAGAUGGACCCGGGGGAGAGCUUGACGGCCGAGCCGGCCCUCCUCGCGGGCAUAGCCAAAGCGCAGAGUCUAGACACCUACAACCGCAAGGCGUGGGAACGCGACCUCGUCGUCAAGGGGUACCACCAGGCAGAGCAAAACCCAAACCCAAACCCCAGCGGCCCCGGCCAGAUCAUAUCCCACAAGGGCUCGUCUACUGCUCUCUCGACUGCCAGUUCACAGCUCACCAAGCAGAGCCGCGAGGGGACACGCGGCCACGCGCGCGACCCGCUAGAAGAGGAAUUUCCUUUUCUCUUCAUUGGGCCGUCGACAUAUACGGGGGCAGACAAAGAUACCCAAACAGACAAGAAAGAAGAAGAGGAAGAAGUAGAACAACAACAAGAAGAAGAAGAAGAUGAUGAUGAUGAUGAUGAAGAUAACGAAGAUAACGAAGAUAAUGAAGAUAAUGAAGAAGAUGAUGAAAAAGAUAGCAACCAUCUCAGCGUGACGGUCCCCGUGGUGAGCGAGUCGCCCGGCGCCGCCGAAUUCGACAUCUACGAAACGGCGUACCGGCAGGAAAUCGAGCGGAUCAGUUCUCGCCGCCGCCCGACGCGAGUGUACCUUACGCGUCGUGUUGAGGGGAAGGCAGAGGUGAAACGACUAAUUCACGAACAAGGGGGUGCCGACGGCUUGCAACUUGGUGAUAAGAGGGCCGUGCCAUCUGUAGCGUCUGUUAUCGGGCUGAUGAGGGCUCAGCUGAGGCCGGCUGCGAAUACGAGCCCAUCUCCAUCUUUACCUCCCUCUUCUUCUUCUACAACCGGUGAGAUGGAGGAGUCCAAGGGCGAUUCUUCAACUACAUGAAAAUGGGCUUAUUUGCAUUUCCUCCAGAUACUUCUCAUCCAUUCUACUAUUUCUUUCUUUUCUAUUCUCACUGUCAGGUUUCUAUUAUUGCAACCUCAUUAAUAUACAUCGUAGCUCAUCAUAACCAAGAAGAUCAAGCUAUACCUGUAGGCUAGGUAACUGGCAAAAAAAAGAAGGAGAAAAAGAAAAAGGAGAAUCACAAGGUAGCAUAAGUGCAUUUUGCCAACGCUGUAAAG